UAUCUCUGUUGAAGAAAAAAAUCAAAACAAAACAAAAAAAAUAUUUUCUCCAAAAGACUUCAAGAAGCAAAAACGUCCACUUUACACAAUGUCCACACAAACAACUCCAAUAAAAAACACCAAAUUAAACGAACCAUAUCCUUAUCCAAAGUGCUGGCAAGAUGAUGCCCGAGUCCAAGUUCUAUUGGCUCCAUUUCGAGACCGUAGUGUUAAUCCGGAAAAUUACGACUCAAAAAUGAAAUUUUGGCAAGACACUAUACGAGAAUAUUGUCUUUUUAAAGGUAAAGCCAAUUUCUGUAAACAGGAAUUGCAGAGCAAUUUCACUAAAGGCCAACGUGUGCCCUGUUGUCUAGAUGUUGUAUUGGUUGAAAUGCAGAGACAAAAACUUAUACGUUUACGCAAAGACUAUGAGUAUGAUCCGGAAAAUAGUUGGUCCGGCUGGGCGGUAAAUAGUUUUGUAAAGAAACCAUUAUCUUGGGGUUUCGAUAAAAUUAAAGAGAAACUUGGUGCUUUGGAUGCAGCACAAAUUGGCCUAAUACAGUUUAUUCAUAUGGAGGUUAUAAGGCAAUAUUGCUCAGAAUUACAAAAUACAUUGCUACAGCCUCCCUACUUGGGUACCCUUCAUCACUAUGACAAUUUGAGUAAAGAACUUUGUCCUUCAUUGAAUAUAUCUGAGGAAUGUUUGCGUAUUUGUCUUCAUACUUUAAAUGUUCAAAGGAAAAUUGGUUUGGAAUACAAGACAAAUACAAAUGAACUGCAAAUUCAUUUGGUAAAGAUACCAUCGAAAGAAGACCCUAAUGUUAAUAUUACGGAAAAUGAUCAUGCUAUCCAUAAUUUACAAGUAACAAAAACUAAUUUAGUAAAACAAAUCGAUGACAUCGAAAUGGAAAUUAAAGAUAAUGAAAAUAAGGCACGACAAUAUAUUAAAGAAAACAAAAGGCUGCUGGCUAAAACGUAUUUGCGCAAAAAACAUUUAUUGGAGAAAAAUCACGAACGUCGCAGUUUAGCUUUACACAACAUAGAAACAUUACUCUCAAAUGUUCAUGAAGCCAAAUUAAAUGGUGUUAUACUGGAUGCCUACAAAUUUGGUUCGAAAGCUCUUCAAAGGGCUCUCGAUGAAUCCAAUCUCAAAUAUGAUAAUGUCGAUGAAAUUGUAUCAGAUGUACGCGAAACUAUGGAUUCGUAUAGAGAGAUACAAGAUACUUUAUCUAAUGCUAAUUUAGAUGAAUCAUUGGGUUCGUUGGCCGAUGAAGAUGAAUUGGAGAAAGAGCUUAAGGAAAUUAUGGGUGAAUCAAUGUCCACAAAUACACCAACUAAGAAUGUAACUGAGAAUAACAACAUCAGUGUUAGCAUGCCACAAAAGAUAGGAAUUACAGAUGCCGAAUUAUUGGAUAUGUUGAAUGGUUUAGAAAUCGAACAAAACUCUCCUGGCAAAGAUGUUAGUGGUGGGGUUUUGAAUGCCUAGAAUGUGUUUGAGUUUAUAAAAUUUAGAAGUUAGAAAGUGUCUUAAAGUUGUGUGUGGUGUUUUUAUAUUAUUAUUGUUUUUGUACUUUUCUGCAAUAUAAAUAAAAAUUUUAAAAAUAUUGAUUUUUCAA